AUGUACAACGCGUGUCGACGGAUGUUACGUGGACGCCUGCGAGCUAUCAACACAGUGUAUGACCCAAACGAGCGAUUUCGGGGUGAUAAUCAAUUAUUUACCAGCAAGCAGCUCUCCCUGAGCAAAUGGGUUACCCAAAAACACACAAUGGAUCUCUUUGUUCCAGGUUGUGAAAGCCUUUGGCACGGGGAUCAAUUAUUCGAUUGGAAUUAUAUUGACAACCAUUCCCCUGAAAACCCCGCCAAGGACCCAUUGGCGGAAUCCCUAUGUUAUACAUUGAGAUACAUGCGAAAUGUGACCAAACAUCGGUUGCUAGUGGCCAGGAAGUUUGUGUUGGCGGCGUAUGGCAUGGUAGGCAAUGAGGGGGGGAGUCUGCCGCCUGUAGACAACUUGACCGAUUAUAACCUGCCAUACGUAGCUGUCAAGGAUGCAUUUCAAUGUGCCAUGCAUUAUCAUCAGAUGCAAACAGAAAACCGAGAAUCAGACCACCGAUCCGACACAGUUGAAUUCAAUUGCAUUGACCAGCUUUCGAGGUUGGUCGAUUCAAUCUAUGGUUGUAUUGAAGCCCUCGCGGUCAUUCGCGCGCAUUACCUCCACCUAACGCAUACCGACCAACUACGACUCAUUCCUGCAAAUGUCAAUGCGAGCUUUCACAAAAUAUCGGGAACCGUUAAGCUGAGAACAGAGGCGCUAGCCCCCCUUGUAUCAUUUCUUGCGCUUGGUUUCAAAGGUCUGCUCACGUAUUGGCGAAGCCCAUCUAGAACGCCAAAGACUGGAUUGAUUCAACUAUGUCUGGUCACUUCGCAAAUGGGCCAGCAAGGCUAUGUUGAAGAACCAAUUUGGAAACGCUCAAGUUCUUAUGUACUGACCACUAUUUGA